UCUACACAAUUAAAACUCCGUCUCUUAUUUAUUAACUAUUUAUUUAUUUUUUCUUUUGUAUUUAAUUUAAUCAAAAUAAAUAAAUAAAUAAAAGAAAAACAAAAUACAAAACAAAGCGAAGAAGAAGAGAGAGAAUGAGAGAGAGACCUUCGUCUUGUUCUGACGAACCAUCUUGCCAAAAUCAGAAUUUGCAUUCCCUCUUCCCCCCUCCUUUCUCAAAACCCUAGAACAGACAAAUUCCAAUUCCAUUUUGCUCCCCGCUGGCCGCCUUCCUGCCGCCGUAUCCCCACCACCACCACCACCACCACCACCACCGUCGCCGGCGCUCCUCACUUUUGUAUCAACUACCUCUGAAAUUCACCACCAUCUGCGUUUCUUUCCCCCUUAAAUUUUGGAGACUUUUUUUUGUUUCUGUUGACUUCCGAGAUGAUGGGUCUGAAGCUAAUUCAUCGGCCAUCAUUGGGUUUCUGAGUCUCGUCCAGAAAACGACUUCGAGUUGUAUCUCUCCUCAUCAUGUAUCAUGCUAAGAAGUUUUCAACUGCGAGCUUAGUUCCACACAAAUCUCAAGGUGCUGAACAGAGUGCGAGUGUUGCGGUUCUUGGUGGCUCUACAGCCAAAAGUCCAAUGCCACCUGGAGGAGGUGGAAAACAACGCUUGCGAUGGACAUCAGAUCUUCACGAUCGUUUUGUGGAUGCUAUCACACAACUUGGUGGACCAGAUAGUGGGGGCAACUCCAAAAGGUGUUUUAAGAGUGAUGGGGGUACCUGGUCUUACCAUAUAUCAUGUCAAAAGCCAUUUACAGAAGUAUCGACUUGCAAAGUAUUUGCCAGAAUCUCCAGCAGAUGGUUCUAAGGAUGAGAAGAGAAGCUCAGAGAGUCUCUCUGGAACAGAUUCCUCUUCGGGCCUGCAAAUUAAUGAGGCAUUGAGGAUGCAAAUGGAGGUUCAGAAACGUCUGCAAGAACAGCUUGAGGUUCAGAGGCAAUUACAAAUGAGAAUAGAAGCCCAGGCGAAAUAUUUGCAGAAGAUCAUUGAGGAGCAGCAGAAACUAGGUGGUGAAUCGAAAGACUCCGAGGUGGUGCCCUCAGCUGAAGAUAAUAAGCAAAAAACUUGCCAGUCUGAGUCGUAUGGUGAUGUGUCUGCAGGACCUUCAUCUCCCCGAAAGAAACAACGCAUUGAUCGAGGAUCAACAGACGAUUCUGCCCCAUCUCCGUCUAUUAAUUUACCUUAACUUAUCUGAAUAAAUCGGCAGUAAAUGGGACUGAAUUGUAUGAAAAGUAACAUUGGGUCGGGUUUGCAUCAGAGCUCAAAAUCAAAUCAAUGGGGAGAAGAAGGCAGAUCAGCUACAUCAAGUGUACCUACAAAGUUAAGAUCCAUCCAAUUUGUGGUUUAUGGUCGUCUUCAAGAAGUAGAUGAUGUUUGUAACCUUUGUAUAUAAGUCUGCACAUUGAACCUAUUUGUAAACUUUAUUGAAAUACUUCUACGUAAGAAGUUUUUACUUCUAUUUUGCAGUAAAUCGUGCAUGUUUUCUGCUGUUCUA